AGGCGGAGUACACUUUCCAGCUCCGUAAAGAGUACAUUCCCCUGAUGGUCCAGAAGAGGUAUCGGCCGGACGGCUGGCUCGGAAUGAUUCUCGGAGCCAAGCUGUAUUUUGACUUCAGUGGAAAAUAUCCAUUUGAGAAGCCCUGGAAUGGAUUGAUGAAGGAACUGAAGAGCAUUGGGCGACUCUCAGUACUGGAAAAUCCCACAACAGAUAAGACAGAUGCCCCUGUUUCGUCUUCCUCUUCGUUACAAGGCAGUCAGCCGAUCAGACAGAGUUCCACAGCGUCCAAGGUUUAUCAGAUGAACACUGAGGACGUCUCUAACUGGCUCUGCUCUCUCAAACUAGAUGGUUGUGUACCCUCCUUUGCACAGUUUGAUGGUAAACUCCUGGCACAGCUAAAGUCCAUGAAAAGCGAGGCAGCAGAAUUCUAUUAUCAUUGUCUGGAGAAAAACAUGAACAUGAACUUAGUAGAGAUACUAACAUUUACAGAGGGUCUGGAGAAAUUGUGAAAUAAAAAUCAAAGUACUGUAUGUACUGUGAUGUUCCAAGGUGGAGAGCAGAGGAAAAUCAAAGUACUUUAAUGAUCUGAUGCAGUGCAGAAAUAUAAUCAAAAGUACUCUAAAGAUCUGAUCCAGUGCAGAAAAAUAAUCAAAGUACUGUAAUGAUCUGAAGUAUAUGGAGAAAUAAUCAGAGUUCUGUCAUGAUUUAAGGCAGAUGUUCCUUUCAGUGUGUGCUCUCAAAAAUACCUCAUUGGAAAAUACUUAAUAUCAGUAUUCUACAGUUUUUUUUUUUUCAAAUGUUUUAAAUUAUAUAUUUGUAAGUGUGAAACUUUGCACAGACAGUGAAAAAAGUGGCUAUUCAAAUUGGCUAGUUCUUUUUAAUUGUAAGAAAAAGAAGAGUAUAGUACUCAAAUGUUCAUAAGAUUUAAAAAAAAAAAAAACAAGCAAUUUAAUACAAAUGAAGAUAUGAAUUUCAGUUUGCUUUGGAAGUGUAUGAAUGAAGAAGGCUUGACUGUCUGAGUAUAUAUACUCAGAAUUUUCCUUAUAAAUUUCAACAGGGUCUUAAAAUCAGGGUCUUGAAAUGUUGAUACAAUAAUUUUAUUCACUUUUAUGUACAAUUUCUUUUUUAAGUUUUUGUUUUAUGUUUUCUUUUAAAUAUUUAUCAAGGCAUGCAACAAGCACUACAUGUUAAUUGUUGUAAAAUCUGGUUACAUUGGUCACUGCACAAACUACAUCAAGAUUGUACUGUAUAUAUUGUAUAGAACCGUGUGUUGUACAGAACAUUUACAUUGUAUAUUGGAACACAAAUAUUGUACAGACCACACAAUGUACAGACACAUAUGUUGUACAGAUCUGAGGUCAUACAUUUAUUGGUAUAUUUUUAGAAGA